CCGCUGUAUUGUCGCGUCACGAUGGAAGGAAGUUUGAGACGUAGACAGUGGUGACCGUGGGUGUUUACCGUCCUAAUGGCUCAGAACACCGUUGAGAGAUGGAGGGUAGUGAAACUGCACCAGAGGAAAAUCGUCGUACUCAAAGACGUUGCACCCCCAGGCGCCCAAAGAUCAACGGUUGGAACUGGCCACCACAUCCCUAUCAGAUGUUGGCUUGGUCAGCCUACCUGUAUUUUCUUAUCGUUGUAGUUGGUGUACUUAUCCCUCUUCUUCCACGGCAUUGGAUACCUGCUGGCUACAUUUAUUUUAGUGCUGCUUUUACUUGGCACUUAGGUUUUUAUGUGAUUGCGGCCACCGUUGACCCAGCUGAUGAUAGCGUUCGGGCCAAGGGAUAUAAAAAAUUACCCCCAGUGUUUCGCCACAGAGCACACAAAACUAGUAUCCGGAAUCGUUACUGCCUGCUUUGUGAAGUUGAUGUGGGUAAAAAGUCCAAGCACUGCAAAAAAUGCAACAAGUGUGUCUGUAAUUUUGAUCAUCAUUGUAAGUGGCUCAACAAUUGUGUAGGAAGCAGAAAUUACCGGUACUUCCUGAACUGUGUUAUCAUUGCUCUCCUUGGUAGUGUGGUAAUCGUCAUCAUUUCAGGCUUUGUGCUUGUUGCAUUCUUCAUCAAUCCAAACCUGCUUCGAAGCAACCCAAAAUUUGAAUCGGUAAAUGAUGCAAAUACCUGGCUCGCAUUUCUGCCAUAUUUUUCCGUUCGGAUAAACGCACCUACUCUUCUUGUUCUCGCUGUGGUCACUAUUGGACUAAGUCUGAUUGCACUGAUACUUUUGUGCUACCUUCUGUUCUUCCACUUCUACCUCAUGUGGAAUCGACUAAGCACUUACGAAUACAUACUUUUGCACUCUCAACAUCAAAGGUCGGAAGUCUCACCACAAAAUGAUGAUGUAGAUGCUCCACGAUUGAGAGUUAUUCAGAGGAUAAAAAACAUGGCAUCUCGUCGAAAGGGUAGUGUUCACGUUCACUUUGAAAGCACCUCAACAAAUGGGUCAGGAUCAGAGAAUCACAGGGAUGGCUUCAGGAUAGAGGAUAAAAUUUUGCCAACAGUUCCUUCUAAUCAUAAACAAGUCAAGAUAAAGAAGAUUUCGCAGUUGAAGAAAAAACGAAGACGUAAAAUGGCUGCAGGUAGAAUUAGACACAAGGCUGCAAUCUGCACCACUAAAGGACCAUUUCCACCUUCUCAACUACCACCAGCUCUUGUGCCUGCUUUUCAGACUUCAGUGCUCUCUCUCCAAACCUUCCCAUCGAUGGAUUAUCUGUCUGCGUUAUCAAUGAGCACUGUCCGCUCCGUGCGGGCUGCAGGACCUCCAGGUGAGUACCAUUCAGAUUCUGCAGAGUCCAUGAAUGAAAUCCCGGUGGUCCAGACAAGACUAGGCAGUGCAGCCAUGGCCAUGCAGACCAGCACAACCUUCCACAACACAGAGGACUCCUUUGGAAAUUCCCUUCAGACUGCGAUUUCCGAAGAGCGCCAUGAGAAAACACCAGAUCAGCCAACUACAGGCAAAACAUCGAACGGCUUGGAUCCAAGAGAUCCGCCUGUGAAUGACAGGCACAAGAGUGAUGAAAUGCCUCUUCCUGAAUAAGGAUAGGGCCUAAACCUGGAUCUGUGAACCGGAGACCGUCCAGAUUCUUUCCCCAUGUCAAGGAUAACUUGGCUGAAAAAGCAAACACAGCAUCUGAAUGAAUGUUAUGUUCAAUUGGUUUCAAGGUACGCAUGUUAAAGCUGGGUCCCAGUGUUGGUUAACGAUGGGGCAACUGCGGGAAGUGGUUUGUGAUACUGCAGAUCCAUUGUGGAUUAAAGUUGCUCAUGACUUUGGAAUUUAAAUAAUUAGCAUAUUUUUUUCCUUUUUUAUAUACAUAUAUAAAUGAGUUGAUGUUUUCUGCAGAGAUUAUAAUAUAUUUCAUUCUGGUAUUUUUGUAUGGAUGCUAUUUAUCACAGCAUGGAUCUAUAUACAUGUAACGUUCCGUUAUAUUGGCUCGUAUGUGUCUCGGGGAAAUCUCACCCAUCACCCGCCUCAACACUCCCCACAGGUUCGGUUGCCGCCCGAAUCAAGCCCAAACAUCAAUCCUCAGCCAGCACACCCAGUAAAUUUGAACAAGUACACUUUAUAGAUAUUACUAAUUCUAUGACAUUAAUAUAAAUUCGAUACAGAAAGGGAAGCAAUGAAAAAAAGGCGCCAACACUUAUCAAAGUCCAAGUUCUUCGCGCGCUACCGUUGGAGCUCAAUCGAAUCCGGACGACCACCCGGAUCCUGUCGACUCACGGCUCGGGACCACCCGGAGUGAUCAACCGGAGCCUCUCCGCACGUCCGCCGUCCUCCCGUCUCUGCCCCGACUCCCCGUCUCUCCCCCGACUCCCCACCAAAACCCCGUCCACCGUCCUCCCCGUCUCUCCUCCGACUCCCCGCCAAAAACCCCUGCAUAUCCGUCGUCCUCCCUGUCUCUCCUCCGACUCCCCAUCAAAAACCCCCGCACGUCCGCCGUCCUCCCCGUCUCUCCUCCGACUCCCCGCCAAAAACCCCAUCCGCCGUCCUCUCUCCUCCGACUCCCCGUCAAAAACCCCCGCAUG